AUGGCCUCGGGCCUCCUCGACCCGUCCUGGGCGCCGACUUCUCACGCCGCCUCCAGGGACGCCCGGCACGACGAGCCCGAGCACCUCUCCGACGACGGCGCUAUGAGUCCCGUCACCAUCCUGAGCGGCGGCAGAAAUGUCCGCGGCGGCGACGGCGGCCGCUCCCCCCGCAAGCUGGUCCUCUGCUUCGACGGCACGGGCAACAAGUUCCACGGCGAUGAGAGCGACAGCAACAUCCUCAAGAUCUUCCGCAUGCUGGACCGCACCGCCGGCGACCAGUACCACUACUACCAGCCCGGCAUCGGCACCUACGUCGUCUCGGGCUCCCUCGACCACACGGGCUUCCGCGCCCGCCUCAAGUCGUGGUACACAAAGGCCAAGGACUCGGCCGUCGGCUCCUCCUUCGACCAGCACGUCGUCGGCGGCUACCGCUUCCUCAUGCGCUUAUACAACCCGGGCGACGAAAUAUACAUGUUUGGCUUCAGCCGCGGCGCCUACAUUGCCCGCUUCCUCGCCGAGAUGCUCGACCACAUCGGCCUGCUGUCCCACGGCAACGAGGAGAUGGUCAAGUUUGCCUGGAAGGCCUUUGCGCAGUGGCAGAGCCGCCGCCAGAGCUCCAUGUCCGAGGCCGCCGCCGCCGCCGACGACGACGGAGACGGCGACAAUGACAAGGCCCAGGAGGCCGCUCGCCAGGCUCGCAAAAUGCACAGCUACAUGAAGGGCUUCCGCGAGACCUUCUCGCGCCCCGUCGGCAGGAUCCGCUUCCUCGGCCUCUUCGACACGGUCAACUCGGUCCCUCGCUUCGAGACGGCCUGGAUGCAGCGCAGCAAGUUCCCCUACACGGCCCGCAGCAGCGCCCGCGUCAUCCGCCAUGCCGUCAGCAUCGACGAGAGGCGCGCCAAGUUCCGCCAGGAUCUCAUGUACCAGAGCGCUUCCUCGGCCCGCCAUCGCCAUCACCACCACCACCGCCGCCACAUGGAGCAGCUGCUGGAGCCCUUUCGACGAAGCCUCGACUUGGGCAGACCCCACUCUACUCACCGGCCGCGCGCCUCGUCCACCGCGGGCAGGGACAAGGACAACCACCUCUCCGCUGGCGACACGGCCAGGCCCCAACAGCAACCGCCGUCCACCCUUUCUCCCUGCAAGCCCUACCGGCCCCGGUCUAGGUCCCGCCGGUUGUCUGUCGCGGAAGAAGUUGACGCCAUGUCCUGCGCGUCCGGCGGUGGCCCGACUUCGGACGCGGGGCGAGACGACUACGAUGACGACGGGGAGCAGGACGUCGACGAGAUCUGGUUCGCGGGCGGCCACGGAGACGUCGGCGGCGGAUGGGAGGCCCUCGACGGCCGCAAGAGCGCAAGCCACGUGCCGCUGGCAUGGAUCGUGCGCGAGGCCAUCAAGGCCGGCCUGCCCUUUGACAUGGAUAAGGUAUCAGAGCUGGGAUGCAUGUGGGACGCCGCGGAGCAAUUCAGGGCCCCCACUCAAGCGACCAAGACGAGCCGGCGGCCGCCAAGUGCCGCUGAAAAGCCCGACAUACGGGUCAACGACGAGCACAACGGGCUGCAGGCCAGUCCUCUUGCGGGCCAGUCGAGCCCGGAGACGGACAACAAGGAGUUCGGCGGGGGUGACGGGUGCGGCCACACGUCGCACUUUCACGACCUGAUGCACCGGGCGCACACGUCGCGCAUCCAUGACUCGCUCGUCUACGGCGGCGGGCUGGGCACCAUGGCGGUGACGGCGUGGAACUUGAUGGAAUUCCUCCCAUUUCGAAGGAUGGAUCUCCAGGCCGACGGCUCGUGGAAGCCGAUCCGGUGGCCGCUGCCGCGCGGCGAGGUGCGCGACAUCCCGUCCAACGUGCGCGUGCACGGCAGCGUCAUCCGGCGGCUCAAGGAAGACGAGACGUACCGGCCGGGCAACCUCAUCAUCGGUGGGGGCGGCCGAGGCAUCAGGCGGGCGCCGGCCGAGUACGGCACCGGGGACUGGGUGUGUGUGGCAGAGCACGGGGACCCCAUCGGGGAGAUUGGCGAAUACCGCAAGGAGGCGGAGAAGAUUGGUCCGGAGUGA